GAAAAAUGACAGAUUCUGGGAAAAAACAAGUUGAAGAAUCAUCAACCUCCCCAAAAAGUCAAAGGCAUUGCCACAAGUAUAACGUGGAGAAAACUCAACAACUUGAAGAAUUUUUCAAGAAAUGUCAACGUCCAAGUGAGGACCAGCAAAACCAAUUGGGUAGGAAAGUAGGGCUUGACCCUAAACAGAUCAUGAUUUGGUUUCAGAACAAAAGGGCUCAAACAAAGGCAAAAGAUGAGGAAUCAGACAACCAUACUCUUCGCAAAGAAAAUGAAUUUUUCCGUUGUGAGAUUAUGGCAAUGAAAGAGAAGAAGAAAAAUAACAUGUGCCCACAAUGUGAUGGUCCAUCCAUUGGAGAAGAACAAAGAAUGCGUAAUUUAGAAAAUUUGAAAAUGGAAAGUCAAAGGAUGAGAGAGGAGCACUUAAGAAUAUCAAGAAUCAUCUCAAGUUCUCGUGGAAUAUCUUUUGGGAUGGAUUCAAAUUUGGCACCAUUGAGUUCUACUCUUGGAUCUCUACCAGAUUCCUCUAAUGAUUGCUUGUUGAGCCAAAUUAUAUGUGGAUCUCCCAUUGGAUAUAAUCCUCCUUUUGAUCAAGAAAAGAAUUAUAAUGAAGACAAUAAUGUUCGAGCACAAUUAAUAAAUAACAAUAACAUCCCAAUUAUGUCCUCAUUACCACAAGAAAAUUAUGGUAUUCAUCACGAUAAUAGGGAAAAAUCAAUUUUUGAUAUUGUUGAUGCUGCUAUGAAAGAAAUGCUUGUACUUUUGGAUGUGAAUGAUCCAGUCUGGGUAAAAUCAUCAGGUAAUGAGAGGUGUUGUAUACAUCGUGAGAGUUAUGAUAGAAAAUUUCCAAAUUCAUAUCGGCCUUAUAAAUCAUCCACUACUCGAAUUGAAUCAUCAAAGCAUUUUGGAGUUGUGCCAAUGACUGCAAUUGAGUUGAUCCCAAUUUUUCUUGACCCGAAUAAAUGGAUGAACAUGUUCCCCACUAUAGUCAGAAAAGCUAGGAAUAUUGAUGUUAUUAAUCCUGGGAAUAUUGAAGGCUCUAUACAAUUGAUGUAUGAACAAUUGCAUAUUUUAUCUCCUUCAGUGGAAGCUAGAGAAUUUUUCAUCAUACGUUGUUGUAGAAAACUUGAUCAAACAACAUGGAUAAUAUUGGAUGUUUCAUAUGAUUUAUUCAAAGAGAUUCAAACUCAUGUACCUUCUUAUGCUUGGAAGUUUCCUUCUGGUUGUGCAAUCCAAGAUAUGGCCAAUGGAGGAAGUAUGAUUACGUGGAUUGAGCAUGUUCAAGUAGAUGAAAAAAAUCACUUUAAUGGUAUCUUUAAAGACAUGUUGUGUGGUCAUAAAACAUAUGGAGCUGAAAGAUGGAUUGUUACACUUCAAAGGAUGUCUGAAAGAUAUAAUUUUGCAAUGGGUGCAACAUGUCCUACUAAGCAUGAUCUCAAAGGAGUGGUUUAUGAUAUUCCAAAAGAGGUGAAAAAUUUGAUGAAUCUGUCUCAAAGGAUGGUGAAGAGUUUUUGUGAAAUCCUAAACAUGACAGAUAAAUUAGAUUUUCCAACUUCAUCACAAUUGAAUAAUGGAGAUAGGGUUUCUAUAAGAAAAAAUAUAGAAAUUACCGAACAACAAGGCUUCAUUGCCAGUGCUGCUACUUCUCUAUGGCUUCCCCUUUCAUUUGAAACUAUUUUUAAUUUCCUCAAAGAUGACAAUACAAGAUGUCAGUGGGAUGUUUUGUGCGGUGAAAAUAACGUUAUUGAGAAAGAUAAAGUACAAACAGGAACUUCUCUAGAAAAUAAUAUUACAAUCAUUCAGCCUUAUAUGCCAAUAGAGAACAACAUGUUAGUUCUUCAAGAGUCAAACAUCGAUGACAUGGGAGCCUUUUUAAUCUAUGGAACCAUUGAUAUAUCAACAUACAAUUCAAUUGUCAAUGGAAGUGAUGCAAAAGAAAUUGCUAUUUUGCCCUCAGGUAUCAUGAUAAGUCAUGAUGGUCGCCUCUGCUCAAAUAGGAACAAUAAUGAAAAUGUGCAAAAUGGUUCAAUCUUGACAGUGGCUUUGCAAAAAUUAAUUUGUGCCGAUGAUCAUUUAAUCUCUCAACACCAACAAAUGGAGACAGUGACUUAUAUUCAUAACCUUUUGAGCUCUAUAGUUUUAAAAAUCAAAGCAGCAUUAUGUUACUCUGAUUAA